AAUUUGCCAAAACAGGAAACAGGUGUAAUAUAUAUAUACAGUUCAAACCUUUUCUUUCUUCACCUUCCUUCCUUCUUCCAACAGGUAAAACAAAUACUUCACUGUUCUGAGAACCAACGAAAUGGCAUUACUCCUGGGAUUGCUGUUCGUGGCUGCUGUGCUGCAUCCAUCCUUCCCUGCAGAUGGGAAUCAGAAUCAAGCUUCUGCUGCUUUGUCAACCAGCCUAAUAGAAGUCCAACAGGAGAUUGUAAAUAAACACAAUGAUCUAAGGAAGUCAGUCAAUCCACCAGCCAGCAACAUGCUAAAGAUGAGAUGGAACAGUGGAGCAGCAGCUAAUGCCCAAAAGUGGGCAAACCAGUGCAAAUAUGAACACAGUGACAGAGAGGAUCGAAAAAUCAAUAUAAGCUGUGGUGAGAACCUUUUUAUGUCAAGUGGCCCCACAAGUUGGUCACAAGCAGUCCAAACCUGGUAUGAUGAGCAACUUAAUUUUGUCUAUGGAGUAGGGCCAAAGACAUCCAAUGCAGUAGUUGGACAUUAUACUCAGGUUGUUUGGUACUCAUCUUACAAUGUUGGGUGUGGAUAUGCCUACUGUCCUAAUGAAUAUUUAAAACACUUCAUGGUCUGCCAGUAUUGUCCUCCUGGGAAUGAUGUUAGCAGACAAUAUAUACCUUAUACAAAAGGAGAACCUUGUGGCAGUUGCCCUGAUCACUGUGACAAUGGACUAUGCACCAAUGGUUGUGAAUAUGAAAAUAUCUAUAGUAACUGUGAUGACCUGGAAAGAAUGCUAAGUUGUGAACAUCAAUUGGUUAAGAACAACUGCAAGGCCAGCUGCUACUGUAAGGAUAAAAUUUAUGGAAAGCCCCUCACAAACUAAAAGGAAUAUGGAGAGAAGCUACAUCAUCCACUUAGAUUUGAUGUAUACUAGCAGGGAAGUUAUAGGUGCAUUAGCUCCAAAUUUGAUUCCAAAAUGUAAUAAAUAUUUUUCUUUUGAAUAUACUUCUUAUUUUACAGAAAUGGCUUUUAGAGAAAGGAUUCAAAGUAAUAAAAUCUAUGGUAACAACUUGAAAUUUCUGUAUAUAAAUUUGUGGUGUAAAUUAAAUUAAAUCAAGUAGAAGCUUC